GCUUGUAUUGCACUUCACGAGUGGCGAAAGCGGGGGUUGGUGGUUUUUCCACAGUGUGUGGCUGAUCCGGGUUAUUGGCGUGCUGUGUUAUGGAGAUUCAAGUAGCUAGUUAGUAAGGGACUUCGCUGCGUUAUAUUGACAAUUCCUGUGAAACUGUCCCGUAUAUGAGCCGUUGGCUGCCAGUGUUACCUGUGGUAAAAAUUACACUUCACACGUUUCACAAUGCAGUCUUUUUUUUUAAAGAAGGGACUGAAUAAGUAACUGGAUUGGCUAUCAUUUGCGAGAGAAAUUAUUUCUCGGGAUGCAGUGUAGCUCUAUCGAGGUCCGGCGGUUUCGCGAAUGUUAAGCAAAGCUGACGUGCUAACUUCAUGUGACGUUUCAAGUGGGAUAUCAAUGCAACCAUAAUAUGCACUAGUUUAUGGGAAGAUAUGUUCGUAACAAACUAUGCUAGCUUUCUGUGUGUCAGCGACGGCAAGCUAGCUUGAUAGCCAUGUUGAAUUAUACAAGCUGGGGGGCUAGCUAAUGGAAUUGACUGGGGGAUGGCUGGGUGCAUGUGGAAACGCUCGGCAUCCAAAGUUCGCGUGUGGAGCAAGCAAUCGUCUGGCAGCUGGUUUUUUGCCAUGUAAGCUCCCCCCAGUCUAGGGCGAAAUUUGCCAUGAAAUGCGGUCAUGACUUCCGAAGCACAGGAACUUUGAAGGAUCUGAAUCCGUAUUUUGUCGCCCGAUAAGCACAGAGCCUUCGAGGAAACCAAAAACUACACCACGCAGUCCCUGGCCAGUGUGGCCUACCUGAUCAACACCUUGGCCAACAAUGUCCUGCAGAUGCUGGACAUCCAGGCGUCCCAGCUGCGCCGCAUGGAGUCAUCAAUCAACCACAUCUCUCAGACAGUGGACAUCCACAAGGAGAAGGUGGCUAGGCGGGAGAUUGGCAUCCUGACCACCAAUAAGAACACCUCCCGCACACACAAGAUCAUCGCACCAGCCAAUCCAGAGAGGCCCGUGCGCUACAUUCGCAAGCCCAUCGACUACAAUGUGCUGGACGACAUUGGCCAUGGGGUGAAGUGGUUGCUUAGGUUUAAGGUCAGCACUCAGAACAUGAAGAUGGGCGGUCUCCCGCGCACGACCCCGCCCACCCAGAAGCCGCCUAGCCCGCCCAUGUCGGGGAAGGGCACUAUUGGGCGGCACUCCCCCUAUAGGACCCUUGAGCCAGUGCGCCCCCCUGUGGUCCCUAACGACUAUGUCCCCAGCCCCACGCGCAGCAUGGGCCCAGCACAGCAGAGCCCCGUGCGCACGGCUUCAGUUAACCAGAGGAACCGCACGUACAGCAGCAGUGGCAGCAGUGGGGGCAGCCACCCCAGCAGCCGCAGCAGCAGCCGAGAGAACAGUGGGAGUGGCAGCGUGGGCGUGCCCAUCGCCGUGCCAACCCCCUCCCCUCCCAGCGCCUUCCCAGCAGGGGCUGCCGGUACCCCUCCUGCUCCCCCCAAUUCUGCUCCCACUCCCCCCUCUGCUGCCCCUCCCGUCCCGCCCAACGCCCCUCCUAACGCUCCACCUAACCCCCCGCCUCCGACCCCUGACCCCUCUCCGGCCCCACCCGCCGAGACCCCCCCUUCCUCUCAGCCCCCCCCUCCUGCCACCGCCGCUGCCGCCACCUCUGGCAGCACCACCUCCCCCACGCCAGGCAACGCUCCUCAGUUCUACAGCAUGAACAGGCCGGGAUCCCGACACAACAGCGCCUCGGCGGGGGGGUCCCUGCCGUACCGCCGCCCUCCCUCCGUGACUGGCCAGCCGAACCCGCCCCAAAAUCAGGUCAACGGAGGGCCGUACUACAACCAGAGCCAAGCUCCUCCGCCCCCCUCCAUCCUGCAGAUCACUCCCCAGCUUCCCCUGAUGGGCUUCGUGGCUCGGGUUCAAGAGACCAUCUCGGACGCCCCGCCCCCACCGCCCCCCACAGAGGAGCCGGUGUUUGAGGAGUCGCCCCCGCCGCCCCCUCCUCCGGAGGACUACGAGGAGGAGGAGUCGGCCGUGGUGGAGUACAGCGACCCCUACGCGGAAGAGGACCCCCCCUGGGCGCCACGCACGUACCUGGAGAAAGUGGUGGCCAUCUACGACUACGCCAGGGACAAGGAGGAUGAGCUCUCCUUCCAGGAGGGCGCCAUCAUCUACGUGAUCAAGAAGAACGACGACGGCUGGUACGAGGGCGUGAUGUGCGGCACCACCGGCCUGUUUCCCGGCAACUACGUGGAGUCCAUCAUGCACUACGCCGACUGAGCCCCAGGGGGCGCCCUCACCCCCACACCUGCUACGCAUGCAGAUCUGUACACAAUACACACAUGGCCUACAUGUGUUUGUACAUAUCUGUAUGCGUGGUUAUUAUAUAUAUAUAUAUAUAUAUAUGUGUGUGUGUGUAUAUAUAUAUAUAUAUAUAUGUACUGGGGUGGGUGAGUUUGGUUAAUGGUCCAAGACUGCAAUAAGAACGUCCCCUUUGAGUACUGGGGAGUGGAAUUACUUAACAAAUAAUUCAAAAUUCCCACAGAAAAAUAACUAUGGCGAUCACAAAUGCGAUAUCACAUUGAAGGGUACCAUUGUAAUAAAACAGAAAGCAACCACUUUAUCGUUUUUUUUUUUGUUUUUUUUUUUUCUUGUUUGAAUGGGAGAUGAAGAUUGAAGGGAAAUGUGAUGUGAGGACAGAACAAAUCCCCCCCACCCCUACCCCCAGGCUGUCACUCCUGUCUCCUCCCCCUUUCUAACCCCCUCCAUACCAGCUGAAGUGGCGCCUUCGCCCAUGCCAGGUUUGGCCGCGGUCUUGGGAGCGGUGCAUUGUGGGAUGGCAGGUGUGCAGCAUGUGUUUUUUGGGUGGCUUUAACCCCCCCCCCCCCCAGAACUCCUGUGCUCAGAUUUGGGACACUAAAGACGUGCAGAUGUUUUGGAGACUGUUUAGCUUUGAGCGAUGAGCUGAACAGUGGUGAUUGGUUCUUCACUUUUCUUUUUCUUUUACAGUUUCAGUGAAUUCUGUCACAGUGGCAGUUCACGCUCCGCUCUGUCUGUUGACAGGACUGACAGAGACGCACCUGGUCAGAUAGUAAACAUGAUUACACAGUGUGUACAUUAUGGCCUUUUUUAUCUUUUGUGAUUUACAUAAUGAAUCGGUCUUGCACAUUUCGCUUUUCUGUCUUACUUAGAGGACAGGACCCGGUGAACACACACACUCAUACACACACGCACACACACACGCACACACAUGCACACACAUGCACACAUGCAACACUAAAUCCUGUAGAUGACUUGAUGCUUUAUUUUUUUGUUCUAUUUUUUAUUUUAUUAUUCCUUUCAGUAUUUAAGUUGCUUUUGUCUGGUUGCGAGCUGUUGUCGUGUCGUGGUUCAAGCCAAAAUGCCCAUUCGAUUGAGAUGUUGUGUGUAGUAUUACACAAGACUGCAUGCUCUAAUAAAACUCUUAAAUUAUUCAUCUUCUGUUCAUCCCAGCUCUCGGCUUUAUUUGGCUUUGGUUAUCUGCGUAUGUGUUUAGCAGUGGUGGCUAGUAAUAGUAUUCAUGCAAUAGAAGCAUCUGGAAGUAUUGGAGGACAGUCUAGUGCCAUAUUGUAAUGUUUUAAAUGUCCGUGUGAUGCUUUGCAAUACUGCCCCCCUGUACUCCUGUCCAGCUGAAGAAAUACAUCGAAAACAGGUUGAGAUGUUUUCCCUCCCCAGUACUGAAUUUAUCUGCAACAGGAAUAAGCUGUAGUUUUUAAUAUUAAUGUUCUUGGUUUCAAAAUAUUGGGGAUACAUAUUGGGGACAUAAGUUGCACAGCAAAGCUCCAAAAUAAUUUGAUAUUCAUGAGAUUUGAGUUGUAAUUAAACAGAAACUUCUACUUAAUUCAAAAACCUGAAAUAAAAUGAACUUCAUUUUCAUUUUACGGGAUCUACGGUGAGAUAAGGCAGUUGGAGCGGUGGCACUUGGCAAUAAUAACUGGGCAGAGUGUGAACGUUUGAGAAGCUUACGUUUGUAUUUUAGCACCGAAAGCACAUUGUGGGAAGGGCCACGCAGUGCAGUGACGUCUGAAAGACUCGUUUCUGUUUCUCUAUGGCAAUCAGACCUGGGUCACAUACGUAUUUGUUUUGGAUUCAAAUACUUUUCUGUGCUCUUUUGAUCUUGCCUGGCUUAAUUGAGCCUGCCAAUAUGACCAGAAGGCGGGGUUCGCACUUUUGGAGAGUAUUUCAUCGGUUCCAGUACACCCGACAAGAUCAGUAAAGCGUAGAAAAGUAUUUGAAUCCAAAAUAAAUACGUAUUUGACCCAGGUCUGAUGGUAAUCCAGGUAAGAGGAGGAGUCGUCGAGUCAUUUGGCUGGGAAAGGAUCCGUGUUCUGUCAACAUGAAAUGGCACAGAAUCUUCAAACGGAUAAGUUUGUGUUUAAUGCAAAAAAAAAAAAAAAAAAAACAUCUGCCUCAAACUGUUAUGCACAAAAGAGUGAUGUGUAUUUACAUGCUGUAUGUGAAUUUGGAUGGGGGUUUUGCUGUGUCCUGGGGCGGGGUUUCAUCUGUGUUUCAAACCUUGUUCUUGACGGUGGGUCUGUGCUCGUGACUCGUGCAUGUCCUGAUUCUGACCUCUGAGCGUCCAGGACACCUGGCCCUCUGUCCAAACACCUGUAACCUUUAACCUUUGACCCCUUUGGUCAGAGGUCAGACCAGUAACGGGAACAGAACCAACGUUCUGAGAUGAAUACAAUAAAAGGAGACUAUUGGAAAUAAA